GGUAAAUCAAAACCACUUUUGAGAUAUGACAUAUAUAUUUGAGUGGCUAAUGCGUUACUAUCUUGAUUGAGAUCGUAUUACAUAUGUUUCAGGGGAUCAGAACUCAAGCAGAAGUAUUAAAAGAAAAACUAACAUGGAUUUGCCACAGGUCUCCCGUUCAAUAUCAGAACAGCCUAGUAGUAGGUCACAGCUUGAUGUUUCACCCAUAGACAAAGUCAAACCUGAAACCAGAGACAUGUUCUCCUCCGGUAUCUGGAAGCUGAAGAACAAUUUAGUUCAUACAGACCUUAUUGAUCUAGCAGGACAUAUGCCAGAUUUAGUUCUCAAGUCUAAGGCCCCAGCGACAGUCUAUAAGUAUGAAAGAUCUUAUAAUAGUUGGAAAAAAUGGAGUUCAAAAUUUAAGGAGAUUACAUGUUUGCCUGCUCAUCCAUUUCAUGUUGCUUUGUAUCUUACAUCACUUGUUCAGGGAGGUAAGAAAGCUCCAUCUGUCAUGGAAGCUAUUUACGGUAUUAGUUGGGCGCACAAGCUUGCAUGUCUGCCAGAUCCUUGUAAACAUGAUUUGAUUUUGAACAUCAGAGAAGCGGCAUUAAGAACGUGUAGUACUCCAGUCAAGAAAAAAGAACCUGUUACUUGUGACACGUUAAAGAAAUUGGUUAGUAUAUCUGGGAAAACUCCCUCUCUACUUGAUUUAAGGUUUUUAACAAUGUCACUUUUAUCUUUUGCUGGGUUUUUCAGAUUUUCUGAAGUAGUGAAUAUCAGACGGUCAAACAUUAAAUUCAAGGAUGGCUUCAUGAGUAUUUUUGUUGAGAACAGUAAAACUGACGUUUAUAGGGAUGGGCGUCAUGUUUUGAUCGCUGCUACAGGCUCAGAUCUAUGUCCAGUAAAUAUGCUAAACAGGUACCUGAUUGCUGGAAAUGUUGCUGAAACUUCCAAUGAAUAUAUUUUUCGUCAACUUUCCUUCUGUAAAUCUGUACAAAAGUAUGUACUUAAAGGUCAGAAACCUUUAUCAUAUACCAGAGCGAGGGAAAUCUUUAUUGAGAAAUUCAAACUAAUUGGUGAAGAUGUCAAAAAAGUGGGUCUUCACAGUUUUCGGUCAGGAGGGGCGACUGCUGCAGCUAACGCCGGAGUAACAGACAGACUGUUCAAGAGACACGGACGCUGGGCGUCAGAUAAGGCCAAAGACGGUUAUAUCAAAGACAAUGUUUCUGAACUGUUGAGUGUGUCAUCAAUGUUGGGAUUGUAAAUAAGUCGAAAUAAAUCUGCUGCAUGGACCCGUUCUUUUAAUUCGAGCAGCGGUAGGCAUUACCCAUGAGUGGAGUAUGUUGUCAUAGUAAAUGUUUUAUGUUCGGUUGAACAUAGUGAAUUAGAACAUAAAUGUAUUUACUAUGGGGUAAAUACGGUAACGAAUGUGAUUUGAAGAAGGCUGUGCACGUGAAAGCGGUGGCGUCACGUGCUUAAGGUGCAGAGGAGAGGGCAAGAAACACCACUCGAGGCCUUCGCGUCACACAGGCGAGCUGUUGUCUUCUUUGUUUGUUAAAAAUAUACACAUAAAGGUAAUCAGAUUUUUAGUGUAAUGCUUGUCUGUGUUGGACGGCCUGUUAUUGCAGUGUUGCCGAAUGGCAGGUAAAACCGUAUGGGAAAAAUUGCCGCAGGGCAUUGAGUGCU